AGAUAUUGUUCGCAUACGAUACGACUGGCUUCUCGAUGGGAGAGCAGUACAGUUUUUCAUGUCGGAGAUGCAGUUGUCCAUGAGUGGAAUUGUGAUUUCCCAGUGAAAGAAGGCGUGAAGUAUCAGACGUUUCUCACCAGCUGCAAUGCAAUCUCGAGUUCCGGACAACUCAUACACCUGGUGGAUGAAAAUGGCUGUAUUGUGGAUUCGGAGCUCAUCGGCGAGAUCGUCUACAAUAGUUUCAUGCCGAAAGUAUUCGCCCGUGCCCGCGUCUUCAAAUUCAUGAACGAAGAAAAGUACCGAAUAGAAUGUAACGUACAGAUGUGCAGCACAGAAGGCGUAUGUAAAGAUCGGAUUUUCCCCCCAACAAUGCGCUUAAUUCACAAAAUAGGAAAUCCUCAAUCGCAAGCAAGCAAGACAAAAAUGGAUAUCCAUCGAGGACACCCCUUCAUGACGGGAACACAAUCAAUCGUAGCGAAAAAUCAAGUCAAGUGGCUAGCGAAUGAUUUACUGUACACCCAUAACCCCUCAAUAAUACAAAUAAUAGACAAUUACCAAGACGUGAGAUUCUAUUUAUCUGCAGUAAUAAAUGAAAAAAUGGAAGAGCCAAAGAUUCUGCCCACACCUCGUCAUUUCUUAAUGGGAAUAUCGUACAGAAGUCCAAAUAACACCGAUUUUCGACGAAACGAAUCAGACGAUACCGACUUUUCUACAGUCGCUCUCAUGGGAUCUCCACCUGCCUUCUUGCCGCAAAACCCUACCAUUAGCUCCGGAGAAGUAGACAACAUUGAAUUCACGACGACAACUGGCCUCUUUCCUGCUCCUACGGAUUCCGAGGCAAACUCUUCUGAUACAACGCUGACAACCGAUUCAGAAAGUAUCGCAGGAAGUAUCGUCUACACCACCGACAUCCUCAGUGUCGACAACUACCAAAAAAAUUACGAGCUCCAAAACAGCUUCAUUGGGACCCUUCUCCUCUACCCCAUUGUCAGCGCCAACAGAGACAGCAACAAGGCUCAGCACAACAACAAGAAGACAUCACGAAUGCGUGAAAAACCGGCGACGUUACUUUUCUACACCAAUAAAAGCUCAAUCGUCCGCUUAACUACAACUACACCUAAACCGCAAAAUCCACCUCCAAUUUUUGCUUCGGAGGUUUCGAUCCUGGAAAACAGAAUAGCUCAACUAAGCCUUGGCACGGACAAAUCUGCAGAUCUAUCUGCUGAAAUUGAUCAAAUUGUACCGCCCAUCAAUGAAAACGACAUCAACUCGAUUGCCAAAGACAAGUACACAAAUCCUCGGGAUUGGCGACUCGAUGAUAGGACUAUCAAUGACACUGACAUUAUGCCAGAACGUCAAGUAGCAUGUUCUAAUGCCACCAUCAUUGCUUCUCAGCGCAAGUGCUCUUGGUCCGGUAUAGAACAUCUACUUGUCGUGUGGUCAUUUGCCUCUUUGCUGGUGUGGAUUGUGAUGAUUGGAGUGUGUUUUUAUCGGCAGGCUAAUAAACCCGCUUGGGUAGAAUUCAGAGAGCGCGAACUUCAACGCAUGGCUCAAUCCCGAGUUCUUCAACACGAACAUCCGUGGAUCCACGCCGAUGCAUUCGAGGAGACGCGAUGUAAAAAUAAAAAUGAACUCACCAUGAUUCAAGGCACAUUUUGA